CGGGUUUAUUAACGUUAUUGUUAAGUUUUGCGCUUAAUUGUUCAUAAUUUCCAUUUAUUGUCCUUAUAUUUAUUGAAUCUUGUGAUCUGAAAAACUUUGCGGAAACUCUGGAGGAGUUUAAUAAGUCAGAUUAGCUGGAUAGCUAGCCCUCUACCUGAAAAGAGCUGAAAAGGCUCCUCGCUAGCUACAGCUGCUAGGUCAGCAAGCUAGUUGGAUGGAUUACCUCCAAACAUUAAGGUGUUUGGACCGAACAUCAUGCUGACAGUCGUGAAGUAGGAUUUUAAUAGGGUGUAAAUACCCCAAAAAGUAAUCAAUAAACCCAUAUAAUAUGUGGUGCACUGAAAAUCACGCAGAUUGCUGGCUUGCUUUGCACAGAUGCUAUCAAGCUAGCCUGGGUAGUCUAGCUGAAGCUAAUGGGCUCCUGACUAACGGACAUCCAAAUAUCCAAAUAUUAGUUAAAAUAUCAUAUCUGGUCCUGCUUUAAACUAGAUAUUUUGGACAUUUAUUGUGAUAAAUAUUCGCCAAGACGAAGUCUCUUUCAUACAUAAAAUAGACAUCGGAUCACAAAUGGCUCUAAUACUCCCUUAGUGAGUGUACUCAGUAGUGCAUGACACAAUUCCUCCUGCACACUAGUUAGUGCACCGUAACUCCAAUAGAGAAGUGAUUUGGAAAGUAGCCAUGACAGAACGCAUACGUGGUCUUGGUAUCCAGAUGAUAACUGAGGAUUAGUUAUAUUUGACCACGCUUCAUGGAUCAGGACAAUAAUUCAGAGGAGGAAUCUGUUGGUUUAUCAGAGGAUGACGCACUGCAUCGCUAUUCACUUGAACUCUCGGACAUGGAGGCGGUCGAGGUGCUGUGGCAGAUGCGGGCCCAGAGGAGACAGACCAACCCUGAACUACCCGACACCGUGGCUCGGCUAACUACGCCGGAGGGCAGCGUGGUCUAUCUGGUGGGCACGGCUCACUUCAGCGACAGCAGCAAGAAAGAUGUAACUACGACAAUCCGUGCAGUGCAGCCGGACGUGGUGGUGGUGGAGCUGUGCCAGUACAGAGUGUCCAUGCUAAAAAUGGACGAAAAAACACUGCUCAAGGAGGCCAAGGACAUCAAUCUGGAGAAGGUCCAGCAGGCUAUCAAACAGAAUGGCAUGAUGUCAGGCCUCAUGCAGAUACUGCUGCUAAAAGUCUCCGCUCAUAUCACUGAGCAGCUGGGAAUGGCGCCUGGAGGAGAAUUUAGAGAAGCCUUCAAAGAGGCAGGCAAAGUCCCUUUCUGUAAGUUUCAUCUCGGGGACAGGCCAAUCCCAGUGACGUUCAAACGUGCCAUUGCUGCUCUUAGCUUGUGGCAGAAAGCUCGGCUUGCCUGGGGCUUGUGCUUCCUGUCUGACCCCAUCAGCAAAGAGGAUGUCGAAAAAUGCAAACAGAAGGAUCUGCUGGAACAGACAAUGUCAGAGAUGAUUGGCGAGUUUCCCGCAUUGCACCGCACCAUCGUUGCAGAGCGAGACAUCUACCUCACCCACACACUCAGGCAGGCUGCUCGCUGCGUUGAGUCGCCACCUAAUGGCCAGAAAGUGCCUGCUGUAGUAGUGGGAGUGGUUGGAAUGGGCCAUGUUCCUGGAAUUGAGAAAAACUGGGACAAAGAGCUCAAUAUUCCCGAGAUCAUGAGUGUGGCACCACCGUCUCGAUUUGGCUGGGUGUUGCGUACUAUGUUCAAAGGGGCCCUGUUUGGUGUUUUGGGAUAUGCCUGUUACCGUGCUGGAAGGUGUCUGGGAAGGGCGUUUCUCUCCAUACCUGCUGUCCGAUCGCUGGAGAAUAUACGACCGCCUCCUGCCUGACCCUAGACCUUCAGAAAAGACUGAACAUUGUAUUACGCUGAACACCUAUUGCCUUAAGAUGAGAGAAGGGGCAGAUAAAUGGUAUGAGAUACCUCAUGCUCUUUAAACAAAACUGGAAUUUUGGAAUGGGGGAACUUGGAGCAGCCCACAGUCAUCUCCUCUGUCUUAACUUUGCACUCCUGCAAACAUGGAGCUGUACUGCCAAAAACCAUGAACAGUACUUCCUUUUGUCCUUUAUCUUUUUUUUUUUUUCGUAUACUUUAAUACAUGACAGUACUGUAUACAAUUCAGUACAGCAUGUUUACUCUCUUUGGAUUUUGUUCCUACAUUUUAAAUGAUAUUAUGGAAAGACAAAAGUGUGAAAAUACUGAAUGCCUUUGAGUCUAUCUACAUUUGGGUAGCAGGGCCAUAUAUUAAAUAUGCAAUAUAAAAUCUCCAAUGUAUUAUAGUUUGAAAGAGAUUUUAUGCGCAACCUGUGAGCAUUGAUUUAAGCACGUGUGAUGCAGCAAAUUUUCAAUUCUACCAUUCAUACUAUAACGGAAUUAAACUUUUCAUAAUUUUAUUAAGUAAAAAUAAAUGCACAAAUUCCAUACUCUAA